AUGGCAGGCAGUCUCGCAGACCUGUCACUAGCGGAGCUGCAGAAGAGAUACGAUGCUUGCGAAGAUGAGCCUGAGCUCGCGGCUCUCGAAGAAGAGCUCGCCGUUCGACAUGGCUAUGCCUCCUGGGAUGCGUGGUUCCAGGCCAUCGCGGAGAGCAGGCCCGUCAUGGAAAUGGUCUAUGGAAUCAGUACCGAAGAGCUCAAGAGCCAACCCUACUGUCUCUCCGUUGGCGACGAGACUCUGUGCAGGUGCUGCCGACAUUGGGACUUCCGAUACAUGCUCACCCACCGAAUUGAAGAUCUUGAGACAAACCUAGGGCUGCUGAAAGACAUUGUUACGCACGUGGUGAAUAAUUGCAUCGUCGAGACCGAUGAGGAAGCCUACCGAUACUUGGCACUGAGCUACUACACUUCGUAA